GCCAAAUGAGCGGCUGACAACGAGUCCCAGCGAUUGCGCAUGCGCACAAAACUUCGCUCUCAGCGCCGGGCCGUUCCUCCUUGCUUGUUUUCCACCAUGAACGCGGAAAACUUCCAAACCAGCGAGAGGCUGGUGAGCGCGGCCUACGUGCGGCAGGGCUGCCAGGGCCGCCGGGCCCACGAGCUGCGCCUGCGCACUCUACUGGAGCAGGGAAAAUGUCCUGAAGAUGGAUGGGAUGAAAGCACGAUUGAGCUUUUUCUGCAUGAACUAGCUAUUAUGGAUAGCAAUAAUUUCCUGGGAAAUUGUGGUGUUGGUGAAAGGGAAGGAAGAGUUGCCUCAGGACUAGUAGCCCGCCGAAAUUACAGGUUGAUCCAUGGGAUUGGAAGGUCAGGAGAUAUUUCUGCUGUCCAACCUAAAGCUGCAGGUUCUAGUCUCUUGAACAAACUUACUAAUUCACUUGUCUUGGAUAUUAUAAAACUUGCUGGUGUCAAGACAGCAAAUAGCUGCUUUGUUGUCCCAAUGGCAACUGGCAUGAGUCUGACGUUAUGUUUCUUAACCCUGCGGCAUAAGAGACCACAAGCAAAAUACAUCAUCUGGCCGCGCAUAGAUCAAAAGUCUUGUUUCAAGUCAAUGAUCACUGGAGGUUUUGAGCCUGUGGUGAUAGAAAAUGUAUUAGAAGGCGAUGAGCUGCGUACGGACCUCAAGGCGGUGGAAGCUAAAAUCCAGGAUCUUGGGGCUGAUAAUAUUCUCUGUGUUCAUUCUACCACUUCAUGUUUUGCUCCAAGGGUACCUGACAGAUUGGAAGAAUUAUCUGAGAUGUGUGCAAAAUACGACAUCCCUCAUAUAGUUAAUAAUGCCUAUGGAAUUCAGUCUUCCAAAUGCAUGCAUCUCAUUCAGCAGGGAGCAAGAAGAGGCAGAAUAGAUGCUUUUGUGCAAAGUUUGGACAAGAAUUUUAUGGUUCCAGUAGGUGGUGCUAUAAUUGCUGGCUUCAAUGACUCCUUCAUACAGGAGAUCAGCAAAAUGUACCCAGGAAGAGCCUCAGCCUCUCCUUCAUUAGAUGUUCUCAUUACAUUGUUGACCUUGGGCACAAAAGGGUAUCAACGGCUGCUAAAAGAGAGAAAGGAAAUGUUUUCCUACCUUUCAAGCGAGGUGAAGAAAUUAGCAGAGGCCUACAAUGAAAGAUUGCUGGAUACACCCCACAAUCCUAUCUCUUUAGCAAUGUCACUGAAAGAGUUAUCUGAACAGAAUGGUAUAGCUGUUACGCAACUUGGAUCAAUGCUUUUCACUAGACAAGUUUCUGGGGCAAGGGUUGUUCCACUUGGGAAUGUCCAAACGGUGAGCGGCUACACUUUUGAAGGCUUUAUGGCCCAUACAAACAACUAUCCCUGUGCAUACCUCAAUGCUGCUUCAGCCAUUGGUAUAACAAAAGAAGACGUCGAUGUGUUCCUGAAAAGACUUGAUAAAUGUUUGAAGGUUCUCAGAAAAGGAAAAGAUGAUGGAAAAGAUUCACUUGUAGGAAAUGAAGAUAUUGUCUUUGAUAUGGAAAAAUGCAGUAUAGCUGAAAGAGACACCAAAAAUUAGGUUAUAAUGUGCAAAGCUUAUUUUAAGACCAUAUUGUAUGUAAUGAAAAAACCAAAGGUAGAUGAUGUAGGGCACAAUCCUUAUAAGACAUACUUUGAUCUAAAAGGAAUAAUAGCUGUUCAAAUAUGUAGUGUUCAAGUCUUAAUCAUUUUGGUGACUUAAAAUAAAUCAGUCGCACCAGAUUGUGUUCAUUGGGAGUAUUCUGUCUGAAUAAAAUUUUAACAGUGGUGAAAAUCUAGCACAUACCUUUCCCCACUGUGUGGAAUGCAUACAAAUCUGACUUCAAAUUAUUGGUGAAGGAUGAGAUAUGCUUAAAGCGACAGACCUUCAAUCUGUGUUUAAACUGAAUACAUAAUCUUAUUUGCUUGUAGCAGCGCAAUAAACAUCAAUAAAUUGCAUUGCUCGGGUGCUGUUCCAUGGAAGAAGUA